AUGAGGGAUGACAGAAAGGAAAUCCACAGAGCUUUACGGAGCAGAGACGCAUUGGGACGGGACACGAGAGAGACAGAGAUCAGAGAUUCAUUCACAGACAUCAGCGCUGAGAGAAAGAAGGGAAGAGAGUGAGACAGACGGAGAGCAAGAAAGAAAGACGAAGAAAGACGAGACGAUAAUAAAGGACAGGGAACAGGAAUGGGACUGCUACGUGUUGCAGAUUUGGUGACGGGGCGGAGCAGUGAGGAGAAGGAGGCGGAACAUGUGUGUGUGGAGGUUGGGGAGUACGAGUCUGCCGUUACCCGCGAGAAACAGGACGGGACACACACACACACACUCCUGAGUGACAACACACAGGACACACAACACAACCUCAAACUCAAUGUGGACGUAUCGGGGCAUCUGAAGUUAGAGACAGUUGAUGAUCUGUACAACAUCCUGCAGUUCAGACAGAAGAGGAAAGAGAGGAAGAGACAAAUACAUCAGAAACAACCUGAACCCGAGAUCCUGCCUGAAAUUGUGGAUGAAUCGACAUUUUUAACAGCUGUAGCAGAAAAUAAAUUGGCUGUGGUGGAGAAGUUUCUCUCUGAUGGUGGAGACCCAAACACUUCUGAUCAUUUUGAGCGCUCUGCUCUGCAUAAAGCGUGUUAUCAAGGUCACGUCGACGUCAUGAAGAAACUCCUCGAGGCCGGAGCGUCCAUAGAGAACAAAGACAAGUUGGAUGCGACAGCAGUACACUGGGCAUGUAGAGGAGGAAGUCUUCCUGCACUGGAGCUGCUGCUUAAUGAAGGAGGGAAACUGAACAGCAGAGACAAAUUACUCAGCACGCCGCUCCACGUGGCAGUUCGGACGGGUCACCUCGAGUGUGCAGAGCAUCUGAUCCACUGCGGAGCCGAUAUUAACGCUCGAGACAGAGAGGGAGACACACCAUUGCAUGACGCAGUGAGGAUCAACAGGUUCAAGAUGAUCAAACUGCUGCUGAUGUACGGCGCUAACAUCAAGAGCAAAAAUAACGAUGGAAAGACGCCGAUGGAGUGUCUGCUCUUGUGGCAAAGCGGCGCUAAAAACAUCCUGAGCGACUUUAAAGACGAGACGCAAUCUGUUACUGAGUGAAGAGAGAGAAGACAUUAACGUCGUCGUUAAAACAGCGUUGAGAGGGACAUAACGGCAGGGUUCAUUACAUCUGAUUCACUUUCAAUCGGACGCACAGUGAUGAUAAUUGCUGGCCAUUUCAUUGAUAUUAUUUCUAUGGAAAUUUCUAUGCGAACGUGUUUUCAAUGGAGGUGAAAUAUUAAUUUCCGCUAAUGGUCCGUGAGGGAGAGGAACAGGAAGUUGAUGGAUUUGGAAAAGCUCUUAAUGUGCUUUCUGGAUGUUUCUUGACUUGAUGACGGUGUUCGGCUGCACAGUGACGCUUUUUAUUUCACAACUAAAGCACUGAAAUGUUUAUACAAAUAUUUUAGAUUUUGGAUUGAAUGAUGUUGAAUAGUCUGUGAAUUUAAUUCUCCUUAAGUUUCUUUACUUUAUUUUGGUGUGUGUGUGUGUGUGUGUGUGUGUGUGUUUGUGUGUGUGUGUGUGUGUGUGGUGUCAGCAGUUAUCAUGUGUCUCGUCACUGUCAGUACGAUGAUGAUGAUGAUGAUGAUCAGAAAGUGAUGACAGGUUUGAGGAUGUCGACUGAUUUACGAGCAGAUUUUCAAAAGGAAUGGUUGUGUUCUGAUAUCUUUGCUUAAUUUGUAUUUUUACUUUUCCUUUCAAUGUAAUUAUUCCAACUUGCUCGAUUCCAUUUUGAUUAAGUACUUUUGCUUCGUUUAUUUGUCGUACGUAUAUGAAUAAAAAAUUUUUUUGCUUGUUUUGCUUUGAAA